UGCGAGUUUGUGGACGUGAAACUGGGAACCAGGACCCGAGCGGGACCAGCGGGACCGGAGCACGCAGCCUUACUGCUCGGGACUUACCUGCUCACUGUGAGCGAGUUAUCUCUCUCUCUAGUGACCCUGAGGGUGAGUGUGUUUUUCGGGGAACCCCCUCCUCCACCCUGCUGCAGCCACACCGACGCCUCCCCGCUCACCAGGCCGCCUCUCAGAGCUCCUUUCCCGGCCUUGGGAGGCAGCCCCGCCCCGCUCUUCUCUCUCUCCCGGAGGACAAAGUCAAAAAGACAGAGGAGACAAAGUGUCGGAAUGAAGGGAUGAAAGAGGAAUAGACCCGCACAGAGGAUCCGGGAGAACCCGAGGACAGAUCAGAGCAGCUGCAGGACUCCAGUUUUUCAUUUUUAAUCUCUUUUUCUGCUUUUUGAACCUUUUCAGCUCUCAGGCGUCCAUUUUGAAAACUUUCUCCCCCCCGUUUCUUCACCGAAAGGAUUAAAUCAGCAGUAUUCUGGAAAGAAAACUCUGGUUUUUGGAUAUAUAGGCUAUAUAUACUUUUUUAAAUUUUUUAAAAUCUUCGGGCUCCAAUGAGGCGCGCGCGGCCGGCCGAGAGCGAGCCCAGCUGACGGCCAGUGAUCAGAGAUCGAUAGGUGUGAUCGACUCUGGAGUGACCCGGAGACGGAUCAGGGGGAUUCGGGUCUGAUCGGAUUUGGAUUAUUUCCAGAGAGGGGAUGGAGGGUCUGUGGGGUGUGCGGGCCCCUGGGGCCCCGGGACGGGCUCCCUGCUGCGGGCUGCCGCUGCUCCUCCUCCCGCUGCUCCUGCUGACCUGCUGCGCGGCCGAGGAAGAGGUGCUGAUGAACACCAAGUUGGAAACGUCCGACCUUCGAUGGACGAACCAUCCCGCUGACGACCCGCAGUGGGAGGAGGUGAGCGGACUGGACGACGAGUCCAACAGCGUGCGGAUUUACGAGAUCUGCACGCCGAACAGCCCGUCCUCCUAUUGGCUGAGGACGCGCUGGAUCCCCCGGAGGGCGGCGACCACGCUCUACGUCGAGAUCCGCUUCACCAUGAUGGAGUGCGCCGGUCUGAACCAGCGUCCCUGCAAAGAAACCUUCAACCUCUACUACUACCAGUCCGACAGCGACGAGGCCACGCCCACGCACCCGUCCUGGAUGGAGAACCCGUACACCAAAGUGUCCACGGUAGCGGCCGACCACCUGCUGCGGGGCGGCGGCGAGAGGCGCUACAACCUGAAGCUGCUGCGCCUGGAGCCGCUGCAGGGGGCGGGGCUCUACCUGGCCUUCCACAGCCAGGGCGCCUGCAUGGCGCUGCUCUCCGUGCGCGUCUUCUACAGGAAGUGCCCGCCCCUCCGCCGCGCCUUCGCCUCCUUCCCCGAAACCGUCCCCCACUCGCUGGUGGAGCAGGCUCAGGGUGUGUGUGUGGAGAACGCUGUGACUCCGCCCGGCGAGCAGUCGCAACCUCCCAGCAUGCUUUGCGGCGAGGACGGCCAGUGGGUGGGGCAGCCAACAUCCAGCUGCUCCUGUCGCCCCGGGUACGAGGCGGGCGAGACCGAUGUGCACUGUCGAGCCUGUCCAUCGGGUCAGUUCAAGGCGGGGUCAGGACCUGGUGGGUGUGACCCGUGCCCGUCCAACAGCAACACCAUGAUCCCCGGCUCCGCCUACUGCCUGUGUCGCCCUGGUUACCAUCGAGCUGACUCCGACCCGCCGCACACCGCCUGCACCCGCCCCCCCUCCGCUCCCCGCUCCAUCGUGAGUCAGAUCAACGACACCUCGGUGACUCUGGAGUGGAGCGAGCCGCUGGACCGAGGAGGACGGGGAGACCUGACCUACAGAGUCCUGUGUUCCCGCUGCGAGACCACCACAACCACACCUAAGGGAUUGGUCGAUUCCUGUUCUCCGUGUGACGACAGCGUUCUGUACCGGCCGGCGCAGCAGGACCUCACUCAGCGCCGCGUCGUCGUCUGGGGGCUCCGCCCACACACCAAGUACACCUUCACUAUCCAGUCACUGAACGGCGUCUCUGCGCUCAGCCAAUCAGAGCCGGCCUCCAACCGAGUCAACGUCACCACCAGCAGAGACGUUCCUCCUCCAUUGUCCGGACUCAAGAGGGCGUCGGCCUCGGAGACCACUCUGUCUUUGGAGUGGAACGUUCCAGUUCUGCAGAACCAGAACCAGAUCCUGGACUAUCAGCUCCGCUACAGCCCUAAGGACGGCGAGGAGGCGGGGCAGUGGCAGUACGUGUCCAGCAGGUCUUCUUCGGUGGUGCUGACGGGGCUGCGCAGGGCGACGCAGUACCAGGUGCAGGUUCGCGCUCACUCGCAGGCCGGAUACGGGUCGUUCAGCGCCGCGAGCAGCUUCAGCACCCUGCCCGACGGUACGAGUCCGCCUGAAGGAAAAAGUUCCUCAAAAGGUGUUGGUCACUCUCAGCUGGUGGUGACGGGAGUUCUCGCCUCCAUGGGGAUCCUGCUUCUCAUCGCCGCGCUGAUGGUCGCUGUUUACUGUUACCGCAGGAGAGCGAGGGCUUCGGAGAUGAAUGAUAAGAGUGGACACUACCAGAUGGGACAGACGAUGAAGGUGUACAUCGACCCGUUUACCUACGAGGACCCGAACGAGGCGGUGAGGGAGUUCGCCAAAGAGAUCGAGGCGUCCUUCGUGAAGAUAGAGGAGGUGAUCGGAGCAGGUGAGUUUGGCGAGGUGUGUCGCGGGCGGCUGAGGGUCCCGGGCCGGAAGGAGAACUACGUGGCGAUCAAGACCCUGAAGGGCGGCUACACGGAUAAGCAGAGGCGGGACUUCCUGUCGGAGGCGUCCAUCAUGGGUCAGUUCCAGCACCCCAACAUCAUCCACCUGGAGGGCGUCAUCACCACUUCCUGUCCCGUCAUGAUCCUCACCGAGUUCAUGGAGAACGGAGCUCUCGACAGUUUCCUGAGGAUGAAUGACGGGCAGUUCACCACCAUCCAGCUGGUGGGGAUGCUGCGUGGGAUCGCGGCGGGGAUGAAGUACCUGUCCGACAUGAGCUUCGUCCACCGAGACCUGGCAGCUCGCAACAUCCUGGUCAACUCCAACCUGGUCUGUAAGGUGUCAGACUUCGGUCUCAGCAGGUUCCUGACUGAAAACUCGUCCGACCCGACCUACACCAGCUCUCUGGGAGGAAAGAUUCCUAUUCGCUGGACGGCUCCCGAGGCCAUCGCCUACAGGAAGUUCACGUCAGCCAGCGACGCGUGGAGUUACGGCAUCGUCAUGUGGGAAGUGAUGUCAUACGGAGAACGGCCAUAUUGGGACAUGAGCAACCAGGAUGUGAUUAACGCCAUCGAGCAGGACUACCGGCUGCCCCCGCCGCCGGACUGCCCCUCCUCCCUGCACGCGCUCAUGCUGGACUGCUGGCAGAAGGAACGAGCCAACCGGCCGAGGUUCUGCGACGUGGUGGCGGCGCUCGACAGGCUGAUCCGAAACCCCGCCUCUCUAAAAGUGACGCAUCAGGAGGGUCCGAGCCCGUCCCAGCCCCUGUUGGACCAGCGCGUCCCCCCUCCCCUCUCGGCCUGUGGUUCAGUCUCUGAGUGGCUCCGAGCCAUAAAGAUGGAGCGAUACGAGCAGAGCUUCCUGCAGGGCGGGUUCACCAGCCUGGACAUCGUCUCGCAGCUGAACACUGAAGACCUGCUCAGAGUGGGCGUCACCCUCGCUGGCCACCAAAAGAAAAUCCUCUCCUCCAUCCAGACGCUCAGGAUACACAAGGUCCCGCCCACCGUCCUCUACUGACCAAUCACAGCCCUGCCCUGCCGUACUGUCCCGAAACACAACACUCAGGAUGUCACUGAUCCAACCCGUCAUUUUGACCAAUCAGAAAAGCCUUAGGACCAGCGAGACUCCUCCUCCUGAUGGUUGGGCCAAUGAGAGGCAUCGGGUAAAACAGAGCUGUGAGACUAAGGAAGCACAAAAACCCCUCACAGACGUCCUCUCUGCUCUUUGAACUUUAUACUGAGGCGCAACAGGACUCCGCCUACCUUGUUAUUCUGACCAAUCAGAGCCAAGGACAGAGCCGACCUCAGUAAAGUUUUAUAAAUAAGCGUGGCCCUGCCUUACGGGACCAGCAGCCAUCCGCUGAUCAGGGAAACCAAAGCUCUUCCUGGUCGUCACCGGCCAGUCGGCAUCUAGCAUCGCUAAGCCCCUCCCACUCUAUGAAAGCACAGCUGGGAUUGGUUCCCAGCCCCGUCCGUCACACAGUAAGACCAGCUUGGUGCUGGAUCAGCUGGUCCUUCUGCAUCAACGGAUCUUACAAGUACAAAACCAGAGACACUGAGCUGUGAUCUGGAUUCUACUGGAAACCAAGAACAGGGUUUACGUUUGGUCCUUCAUGGACGCUGAUGGUCAAAAAGAUCCCGAACUGCUGCCCCUACGACUGCCGAGAACCGAGGGACAUUUCAGAAGUACUGUCGUCCUGCUCCGUUAGGAAUAUUCUGGGAUUUUAAUUGAGGAAUUCUUGAGGACAUUUUUAAAGGACGCUGUUGAUACUGGGAGUCCAAACAGACCAGUUGGUAAUCUCCGUCAAUAUGGGACUGUUUACCUGAGGGAUUUGAGUCGUGGUAGAGUUUCAGUAUCGUGCUCUUCAUCAUCUGUGAGGAAUGUUCUGCCACUGCCUCAGAAAACAACGUGGACCUUUAGAGGAAAUCGUUUUAAAAACAUCCUGGCGGUUUGAUCCUGGGGGCUGUGAUCCUUCGGGAGAUAGCGUCUUCGGAAUAACGAGAGGCUUUCAGGAAUAUUUACGUCUCUUCAAAGGACUACGAGCUUCUUAAAGUCCACUUAAAAGUACUCAAAUUGUUUAUUGAGUCCUCAAACGUUCCCACACUGAGGGAUCUAGAGCAGUUUUAAACCUUAAUAUCAAACACUGAUCACUGAAAGGUUCUUAGUUUGGGUCCAGGAUCAGGACUCCGGUGUGAUCCGGGACGUGAGAGACCAAAGUCCCUUUUUAACAUUUCGCUUUCAGCCUUCAGGAACAAAAACCACUGAGCCGGCCUACAGAAGCAUUUCACUGACGUCUUGUAAAGGAUCCAGGAGUGUGGGAACUGUCUGGGCUCUGAGGACGGUUGUAGACCCGUUGGUGGUUUCGUAUUUUAGCACUUUUUGUACCUGAUAUUUGAUCAUGAUCGUGUUUUUAAAGCCAAUGUUUUUAUACUAAACUUACAUUUCAGGAAGAAACUUGCAUUUUGUAAAGAAAAGAAAAACAUGAAAAAAACCCGUGGUGUGAUAUUUCAGAGCUCUCUGGGGGCCGAGGAGAGCGAGAGGGUGUUCAGGACCAAAGAUCUGAAGUCAGCCAGUCGUGUUCUGCCCACAGGAACCAGUCUGUGUCUGAUGGGUCAGAUCCACAAACCUUUAAAACACUAGAACACAGCAUGAGAGAACGCAGGAACCUGUUUACACAAUCACUGAACUAACAUGAGAUCCAGGUCUCCUGGACCCCCCUGCUGAAACAGAUAGAACCAGUCAGGUAGUGAAAACCAGCAGGUUCUUGAUGACUGAAUCAUGUGGACUGACUGGCUUCAGGACUCUUCACUCCCAUUGGUCCCCCUGACCUGUCAGUCAAACCACUAAAAAGCCAUUAACAGCACUACAGGGUCUGGCCUCCCUACUGUAUGUUGGACUGUUGCAUGAUGGGAGUUUUCAGCAGCGGUCUUCAUAUUGAAGGCUGCUGCGAGUGAUGUCAUUGUCGUUGAUUAGUGGAUUCAGGAGCGGGAGGUUCCCAUUGGUCCCUCAUUGGAGGGACGUCCCGCCCCCAUGUACUUGUGUCCUCGUCCGUCCCUUGUGACCCUGAAUGGUUGAUCUGGAUUCUGGUGAGAACGCAGCAGCUGAGUCUGGAUCAGCGUUUUCUAAAUCCACUUUAAUAUGUGAAAACAUUUCUGUACUUGUUAUUGAUAUUUAGGAGGAUGUCCGCUGGGCGAGGGGAGUCUCUGUCAGCCAAUCACAAUAAAGAUGAGCCGUGCUGCCCAAUCAGA